ACAAUUCAUCAUGCAUUAUUACAAUCUAACCUAAUAAUUGUAGUCUUGUACACUGCUCUCAUCACUCUGAUUCAGAUUCACCACUAACACAUUUCAAAAAUCAAAAUGCAUCCCCAAUUCCCUCGUUGUAGUUUGGCUCUCCCUUUGCUUUUAUUAAUGAUUGGUUAUGCAAUUGGAGAAAAUGAUCAAGUUCAUCAUCAUCAUCAAGACCAUUCAACAACAACACCACAUAUGGACCAUUCUGUUCAAGUGUUCUUCACCCUUAAAGACCUUAAGGUAGGAAACACUAUACCCGUUUUCUUUCGUGGUCGAAACCCGUCUACAUCAAAUUCUCCUCAUUUUCUUCCUAGGGAAGAAUCUGAAUUAAUACCUUUCUCAACCUUUAAACUCCCUUAUCUUCUUCAACUCUUCGGCUUUUCUCGAGGUUCGUCUCAAGCUAAAGCCAUGGAAGAAACCCUAACACAAUGCUUAGUAAUAAAACCGAUUCAAGGAGAAACUAAGACUUGUGCUACAUCAUUAGAAUCUAUGCUUGAUUUCGUGCAACAAAUCUUUGGUUCAUCAACCAAAUUUAAGGCAUUGAGCACCCAAAAUUUCGCGAAAUCGGGUAGUAUUUUGCAAAACUAUACCGUAGUGGAUGAACCUAAAGAAGUAUUAGCUCCAAAAAUUGUUGCUUGUCAUACAUUACCUUAUCCAUAUGUUGUGUAUUAUUGUCAUUACCAAAAAAGUGAAAGCAAAGUGUUUAAAGUUUUAUUAAGGGGUGAAAAUAUAAGCAAUAAUAAUAAUAAUAAUAAUAAUAAUAAUAAUAAUAAUAAUAAUAAUAAUAAUAAUAAUAAUAAUAAUAAUAAUAAUAAUAAUAUUGUGGAAGCUGUUGCUGUUUGUCAUAUGGAUACCUCUCAAUGGAGUCCGAAUCACGCCUCGUUUCGAGUUUUGAAGAUCAAACCGGGUUCAUCUCCGGUUUGCCAUUUCUUUCCUGCUGAUAAUCUUGUUUGGGUGCCAUCAUUUGAUAUUCCUAAGGUUUUAGGAGAUAAGGUUUCAAGUAUGUGACAUACUGAAAUAUGUAUGCUUAAUUAAUUUUCUACUAAUCACUGUUUUGGAAUUCAUAGUCCAAUUUGUGUAAUAAGUGACUAGUGAUAUGUUGUAAUAUCAAAUUAUGAAUGAAUGUACUGGUACAAUAAAGUUUGUGAUUUGCAAUAA